GCAGCAGUAAGCUUUUAUCAGUCGACGAGUGAGUUCGACCAGUACAACAAGUGUGUCCUCCUAAGUAUUUUGUCAAGUGUAAGGCACUUGGCUUUUCAAAUACAUAUAAGAUACCGAGAAGUCCUACAUUAUUCGCUGUUCUAGUGCAGAACCUAUGUGAAAUUGCAAAAUUACGAAAGGCGUGGCACCGAGCGUAUUUUUUUUCGUGUUUUGCAAGGAAAAAUGCCGAAUGGCGACAGAGCACGAGGUCGGCCAAAGCACCGCAAUAGGAACAGGUCACGAGCUCGUCCUUGCACGCCGGAAAAUCUUCUAGAGAAUCACUUGCAAAAGCUUUUGGAGGAGCAGGAUCUACUUCACAACCUGUUGGUCAGCAAUCGUCCUGGAAUAAAGCCGCAGUUGGAAGAUUUGGGCGGCGAAAGCAACUAUGAGUUCGACAUCCAGGAUGAGGAUGGCCUUGAUGAGCAAUUGCCCAGCUUUAAGUUGCAGCAGAAGUCGGUGCAGGAGGAGCAAGCGGAGCUCAAUAACCAACUACAUUCCGUAAUUCUGGCCGAAGAUGUGGAGCCAUCGAGUCCUGGGCACUUGGAAGAUCUGGCAACAAUUCCAUUACGAACAUAUCCAAUUCUGGCUGAAGAUGUGGAGCCAUCGAGUCCUCCAAACUAUGAAGAUCUACCAACAAUUCCAUUACGAACAUAUCCAAUUCUGGCAGAGAAUGUGGACUCAUCGAGUCCUCCAAACUAUGAGGAUCUAAGGACAAUUUCCGCUCGAGCGACUCCAAUUCUGGCCGAGGAUGUGGACUCAUCGAGUCCUCCGAAAUUUGAAGAUCUGCCAACAAUUCCAUUACGAACGUAUCCAUAUCGAAGCAGGAACCACAGCUCGAUCCCGCUGCCCAUCACGGUGGGCAACUGCACACCACCCAAGGUCAUAGGUCAGGGCUUCGAUGCGCCCUUUCUCUACCCCGAGUUUGUGGCCAAAAACGAGCGAAGUCGUGUAAAGUACAUCUUCAGUUUGGUGGACAGUCUGGCAUUGCAAAUGGAGCGAUCACUUAAGCUAAACGAGCAUUCGAUGGCCGAAGGAGCCGUGGAAAAGGCAGCCACAGGAGCUGUGCCCAAAGCCAGGCGCAAACAGAAACUGCAAAUAGAUCGAGUGGGCCAUGCCAAGUACACGAUCACUGUCAAUUCUCGUUUCAAGGAGCCCAAGCCACACAAUCAGUCCAAAAAUCAUCGUUUGGCCAGGAGUAAGGUGCAUUCGCAUAACAAAUUGCCGGAGAUACUCGAUGUCGAUUGUGAGUUCGGAAUGGAGUUUAUUGAAAAGUUUCGUGCCAACAAGGUUCGAGAUGAAAGCAGAGCCGAGCCCGUAAACGUAUCCGUAUCUGAAAGCGACCAAGAAAAACAGGUUGAUAGUGCGGAUGCUAAGGAAAAAGAAGUGCCGCAGAUCGACGAAGAAUGUAAAGAAAGUGCGACAACUAUUACACCGAACUCGGAUUUCUCAAGCGAACUCUCGCUUCUUGAGAUUGCGAUGGCCGAAGCAUUCAAAAAGCAGCGAAAACAUAAGAAGAAAAACUACAGCUUCACUUCGCGACCAAGUACACCCAUCACCAGACCGACUACGCCCAUCAACGAUGAUGUGCCCAGUACAUCGGCAGAGGCAAGGUUCUAUCAGCAGUUAAGAGGUCAAUCGGAGCCCGAGAAAAGCGAAUCAAAUGUCUUAAACACGUGGCAGCUGCUAAGGGCCAGAGGACCGCCACCAUUGCAGGAUUGGCAAUGGAAUAUCGUUAUGUUUAUGAGGAAUUUUAAUAGGGAAAAGAGACGAAGGGAGCGCCUAGCAAAUAAGGACACAACUUCCAAUUCGGAACCCGUGAGUAAGUUGAGUAAACUGAGAAAACUGAAGGAAAGAGAGCUGCGUAGAAACGAACUGCGACGGAAAUACUCGUAUGUGCCCAUAGAAAGGCCAAAACUACGCCCUAGGUUCUAUAAAGCCAUUAAAGAGCAAAAGGAAUGGUUAAAGGCGGAACAAGACUUUAAACAAGUUCAGUAUCUAACAUUCUACAGACCACAAGAUCUCUACGAGCCCGAGAUAAAAUGGUCGAAAAAGCAACUGCUUGCCAUGCGACGCAGACUCUUCAAUGUUAUCCCUAGAAGACCGAUACAACCCAGGCCCAUUCCGAAAACCAUAGAGCCUGAACUGCCUGUUGAGGAAGAAGAGGUCGCAGUUGAAGAGCCCCCCGAGGAUCAGAAUCCUGAUCCUGAUCCUGAUUCUGUUCCUGGUCUCAACGUUCCAGUAGACAGGGGUCAGCGUUUGAAGAAUCUGCUCAUGGACGAAGAGCGCCUAAAUCAACAUCUGAAGCUGAAGCACUUGGUACUGCCAGAGGAUCCGGUAAAAGCCAUCUACCUGCCCCUUUUCCAUCGCCACAAGACUUUUAGGUACUUUGAUAAGAAACAAAAGCCAUCGCACACAAAUCUUAAAAACGCUGCGGCUCAUUGGAGGAGCAGCACUACUAGCUCCACUGCUUGGCGCCAGUGGAGCAAAACUAGUUGGAUUUUGCCCCAAACCAGAUCGUCAGCUUCAUUUAGUACUGUAUUCUACGAUGCCAAACACUCGAUAUCGAGCUUAAACGAUUCGCAUGACGAUUUCCUCAUCAGCAAUGAAGGCGUUUUGGGCCUCAACGAGUUGGAAGAUCCAUUUGACAAGCCAAUUGCAAGGGAUGCAACCGAAGAACGUGUGGAUUUCAGGCGGUUCAUCGAUAUAGACUUCGUAUCGCGACACAUUCUGCAGCUAAUGUCGAACAUAAAGCCUAAGAAUAAUAGCAAUCUUAUCGAGAUUCAGCCGCAGAUGACUAACUACAUGGAGCACUUCUACUGGACGCAUUUAACGCACGAUGGUCUGUACUUUCAUUGGUUCGUCAGCGAGGGUUUCUUUCCGGCUCACUAUCUCACCGAGGUGAAGACUGCCAAGGAGCUGGAGGUCAUUCCGCAUUGCCAGCUGGACAGGGAUAUUAUGCGGUAUAUAGAUGUGGUAAAUGACGUGAAUGCGAAGAGAAUCAAGUUAACCAGACAAAUGGCGCACCUCAUGGUCACCUCCUACUUUCGCGUUCUAUGCCACAGAGCCCAGCUGGCCACGUGCCCCAUCAAGGAUAGAUGUUUGCUGCGAUGUCGCUUUGCCAUCUCGAUGGUGGAGCUCUAUCAGCAGGAGCGAGGUCGACACAUACUGAGAGAUCGUAUCGAUUGCUGGCGCCUCAUGAAGUGGGCCCUCAAGCACGAGGGUCGCGUCAAGCAGCUGUACGAUGAGCCCUUGUACUAUGCCGAGGAACGGGCCAGCAUCCAUACGUGCCUGGUGAUGCGCACCCCCAACUUGGAGUCCUUCAAGGAGUUCUAUCGUCGCCAGGUGUUGCCCAAACCGGAUGCACUCGCCAUCAAUCCCGUGUUCAACAAAAUCAGGCGUUAUCCGAGCAAUCGCAAGGAUCCUUGUGCCACUUUUGUGUGCCCCAUUCCCGGUUGCCAAACGGGUCUGAACUCGAAAAUACUAAUGGCGCACUUCUUGAGCGAUCACUGUCGCCGUUUGGAGGAACUUUGGCUCACGGAUCGCAUGGUGCUGCUGUUCUAUCCCAGUUCCUAUCCGCCCAAUCAAGUGUACUGCAUUUGCGUGAUCGCCUUGCUGACACGGAUGCCCAGCCAGAAGGUGCCGAUACCGCAGAAUAUACUGAACGAGGAGUUACCCUCGAAAUAUCUAUACUUUGUUGAGCACGGAGCUUGUUUCCUCAUGUUCGCGCCGGUUUCGAGAUUCAUCGUUGAGGGAAAGACGGAGCCAAGUACGGUUGCUCAUGAAAAAUGUGCCAAAAGGCAUCCAGACACUGUGUUCAUCUUUUGGCUGGCCAUUGCCGAUUACGAACUCAAGGAUGUGGGCUGUCGACUGCUUGUGUAUUGCCAGGAUCGCUGUGUCAGGGGUAAAUCCCCAUUGACGUUUGUCAAAAUGUCCGAGUUCAAAGGGGUGACCCAUUUGCUGGCGACUCAACCGGAUUGCUAUCUGGCCAUCGAUUAUGGGACAAUGGCCACGCUGACCACGGACUUCAAGGAGCUGCUCUUCAUCGAGGUGCGAUACGUUAAUAAGCUGUUGGAAGAUGCCAACAACUCUGGUGAUGAGUUUUUCUAUGAAUGAAGGGAGGACCUUUGAAAAAGGCAACUUGAAGCAUAUGUGCACAAGAUCUGGAUUGCAUAUUUGCAUAUAUUUGAAAUAUAUUUUAUAUGCCUUAAUGGCAGUUUAUAUCGAAUAAAAAAAAACACUUUUGGUGGCGGGUAUUAAAA